AAUGUAGUUUCUUAUCCCCCUUUACCAUAAACAGCUGUCUGUCCGUCAUUCCAGGAAGGGGGUGUCAAGUGAGCUUGGCCCGUAUGGCAAUUGGUUCAGAUUAAGUUUUUCUGUGCAAAUCGGUGGAAGCCCAACCAGGAAGAGCACACACACGCACACACACACAUCUCGCAGGCAGCGCCACCGACCGUCCUCUCUCCACUCCUCCCCAGCUCUCCCAGUUACGGAGCUCUGCCAUCGCACCAGUCCGGCGGCUUCCUCCCCCCUCUUUCCCCGCAGAUUUGUUCGACGGUUCCCGGCUGGCAGGAGGAAGCGUGUCGGCGAGCCGCCCCGUGGAGAAGCAUGUGAUGACUCACGCAAGGCAGAAGGGUUCCCUCAGGCAGAGCGACAGUAGUGCUGAGCGGUGGGACAACUGCCCUCCUUGGCCACAUGUUGGCACUAUGGGCGACGCCUGUCCUGAGCGCUCACUUCGAUUCGGGAGGACAAAGAAGAUAAGUGAGAUCAUCAAACAAAAGAAAGUCAAGGCUCAGAAGGUGAAAGACAAAAGAGGGAGGACAGAAAAAUCUGAUCAGAACAGAAAACACGACCGGAGGCGGGAUAAGAAACGGGACAGGAAGUCGUAUCCUUUGCGCAGGAGGGCAGGGGCUUCAGAUGGGGAGGGACUCAGCUGUCACGUCCUCCUUACACGAUUGGAGGAAAGCAUCCGCGACCAGGAAAAUUCUAAAGAAAGCGCACGAAAGGAUGCACGCCGACAUUCAUCUCUUAAACCCAAACCCAAAAAAGGGAAACGCAGUGAAAGAAAAGGGGCAAAGUCAUUACCAAAAACCAAAUCUAACAGUCAGAGUCAUGGCGAGUGUAUUCUUGUCCCACAACCUCGCAAGCGCAGACUGGCCUCUCUCAAUGCUGAGGCAGUGAACAGUCUACUGCUUGAAAGAGCUACUGACCCUCAGACGGCAGUGAAACAGGCCAGGCGACAGGAAGAGCCCACGAAUGGAGGGACGUCACUGGAUGCAAAUCCAACCAAGAGUCGUGUCCGUGGAGGUACGAAGGCUACAGAAGGAAACGUCAGUAAAGCCUCCACGUCUCACAAACUUGAACUGUGCCAAAGCUCUAAGCAGGUCAAAAAGGCCAAAGCCAAACGAGCAGAGAGCGUGCGGAUGAGUCAGGAGAGUCUGGAUGCCCCCACCCCCAGACGACUGGCUGGACUCAACGCUGCAGCCCUGCUGAAGUUAACCAGCUCCUCUGCUACCAGUAAACCGAGAGUAAAGGCUGCACCCACAGCCACCAUCACAUCAGACUGCAAGGUUCCUGCUUCGGUCUCAACCCCAAAACAGCUCCCCAGGGUCAAACUCAAACACAAAGGGCGCUUACAAAAGCAGAAGGGGAAAAAGGUCCCUCCCCUCCACAGUGGCUGCACAGCCUGCAAGAAGAAGGCGGACUUUGAGCCCAAAGUGGAGUGGGAGACCGGCAGCAGCACCCAUCGACUGACCAAACCAGGCUACCAGUCACGCAGCAUGCUAGCGUACCCGCUAAAGCAAGUGAAGGAAGAGCCGCUGGAAACCGAAUUGAGCCCAUACUACUGCUGUCCGCCAGAGGGCUCAGUAGAAUACUGCCAUCGCUUGGCCUUCUUCCUGGGCCAACAGCCCUACGGAGAAUCAAACGAACAGCCACUUAACUCAGCCAUGACUCCUGUGAAGCGCGAGUGCCUCGUAACCUCACCGUCCCUGACUCAUUCCCACCCGCACAGAGCUCUGACCCUCAGCCCCCACUCCUGCCUCUGCACCGCCGACCACUGCUUCUCUAGCUACUACGUUCACAUUGCCCACCCGACACACACUGGAACACCAUCAGCAAGCCUGGCCUCGCGACCUCUGAACUUUACCCCUUCCAGUUUAUGCCCUAAUCGGACGACUGGCUCCAAGCUGCUGGAUCCGCGGGUGUCCCACGGCUCGGGGCUGGCCCACCCCGCCUACUGCAACUCGGUGACUUCGCCCUGUUACGGUGACGCCUGCGGGAUCAGCGGCUACGCCUACAGAGCCAUGCCUCCCGUCACCAGCAGGGGUUGUUCUUUCAGUACAGGAUGCACUGAAUGCACAAACAGCAUCAAAACAGAGGGUUACUCCUCUCCUCAGGGUGACCACAGCCCCUCCCUUCUGGUUCCCCCCUCCAUGCCUAUCUCCAGCUGCCCUCUAUCCAGCGUGCCCACUUCCACCCAGACUAAACCCCACCUGCUAACCCCCCUGUCAGGGCGGGACCAGCCCCAGGCUAGGUUAAAGCUGGCCACAGAAUGCCCAGAGAGCAACGAGCCCUCCAACGGCUCCCUGUCCAUGGGCCGCACACGGCUGCCCCAGAAACAGCCGUCGCCCUUGCCAAGCCUCCACAGCACCAAACAAAAGAGAGUCAGCCGCAGACGUGCCACCAACGGUUGGCGGCCUGUGGGAAUGCCCACGGAGAGAGAGGUCUUUAUUGCGGGAGAGGAUGAGACGGCCCUGCGGCAGUGUUAUGAAGGAGUGGAGAGGGACGGUGAAGUGAUACAUGUCAGAGACACUGUGCUGCUACGAUCGGGCCCCAGGAAGAAAUCCCUCCCAUAUGUUGCCAAGAUAUCAUCCCUGUGGGAGGACCCCAAAACAGGAGAGCUGAUGAUGAGUCUUUUCUGGUACUACCGACCUGAGCACACACAGGGAGGCCGAGAUCCCAGCACACACUGUGAGAAUGAGAUUUUCGCCUCUCGGCAUCAGGAUGAAAAUAGUGUGGCCUGCAUAGAAGACAGAUGCUACGUUCUCCCACUAGCCCAGUACUGUAGAUUUUGUGCCUUGGUGAAGCGGCGUGCCGAAGGCGCUCCACCUGGCAGCGCCAGCAUGGUGCCCUGCCGCGCCGACUUUGCCCCCCCUUCCCACCGCUGUGUGCCCACAGACGUCGGCCCCGAGCUGGUGUAUCUCUGCCGGCACGUCUACGACUACCGCUUUGGACGUAUCCUGAAGAACCUGCAGUAGAGAGAAGAAGGGGUGCAUUAAUUAAUCACCUCCCCUCCGGCACAGAGGUGGGGGGGGUGAUGAAGGACUGAAAACUCCUGUCUUUUCUGCUGGGGACCGUUACGAUCACAGGGAAGGGGGAUGAUGGGGUGGGCUUGGUUUUGAAGCAACAAGUAUUUGACACAUUAUGAAGCACAGAUCCCUUUAGUUGACUGCAGAGGGGUUACAAUGUGAUAGAAUCCAUCUCUGUCAGAGCACCGACAUUUCCUGGUUUGGAAGACCGAGGAAUAUUCAUUCAUCAGCUUGGAUAUUUCAGCUUCAACAAUCCUCCGAGGUUACUUGGAGGCUUGCGUGCGUCCCCCUCCUCGCCUGCCAGGAAUGCAGAACACCAGGCUGAACUGGGCUCCUGUCAGUGCCGCGUUUCCCCCAAAGCAUCUUAGCACAACAAUCAUGUUUGUUCCAUUUGUAAGCCAGUGGCUCAGGAAUGGUCCGGUGCUAAGGUGCUUCCGGGAGAACACAAGCCUGCACUGUCAGCCCAAUGUUAACAGUGUUCAACCAGCCGGGGUGAAGGAGCAGCUAAUGUGUCGUCUUAUUUCUCCCUGAUUUGAGUUUGUCUCAGUUGUUUGUUUCUGUGUGUGUGAAAGAGAGAGUGGGAGAGCGAGUGUUGUCAGUGUGGAUAAAGGGAUAAAUGUGGGUAUGUGUGAUGGUUUUUUAGGAGACUUUCAGGCAAUCAAACCAAACAAGCAGCUUUAGAGGAAGUGGAGCUCUCUCCGCACGUCCUCUCUCCUGUGUGCCACAGUGCACUGACAGAAACAUUUUCAUCUCGAGCGAUGAUCUGCGUAAACUAAAAUACUGUAUCUGAAGGGGGUUUGUGAGACUGAUUUUUCCUUACCAAACUCGACUCCAGAGCAGGGCUUCUAUUACUUCGGGUCAGGACACUAAAAAUGGCUCUAAACUGAUUUUUAUUAGUGAAAACACACAUUUUCAUCUCAGCCACAGUCCUGGCUUGAAGAAGCCUUGUUCCAGAGAGGCUCUUCUAACGGUCCAAUUGAAAGAGCCGUUUCUGAGGAGUUGGGACGCUCCUGAGCCCCGUGAAGGCUUAUCAAGAUGAGUUCAAUCGUUUUUUGAUUGUUUUUCCUCAUAUUUUUUCACCUUAGCUGUUCCCUGUGACUUGCCUUAUGACUUGCAGGUAGAGCUUUAGGCAGCUAGUCUCCCCACACACAACUACAGUAGGAAGUGGUAGAACAGGUGUAACUGUAAUCCCAAGAAAAAGAUUGUCUGACUGACAGCUAUGACUUGAUCACUGGAGAAAAUCGCACUGGUUUUGAACUGCAAUUAAUGAUUAUUUUCAUUAUUGAUUAAUCUUUUUGUCAAUUAAGUGUCACAAAAUAGUAAAACAUGCUCUGUAUAAUUUCCAGGCCAGAGUGACUUCUGAAAUGAUCUUGUUUUGUUCAACCAACACCCAAAGAAGUUCAGUUAACUAACACGCAUGACAAAGAAAAUCAUCAAAUCCUCACUUUGAUAAGCUAGGACCAGGCGAAGUCUGGCAUUUUUCUUUAAAAAUAACUAACAUUAUCAAAAUAGUUGCGGAUCUAUUUCCAGUCGAUAGUCUAAUCAAUUAAUGGACUCAUUGUUGCAGCUCUAAACUGGUUAGAAACACUUCUCAUGCCGUCGAUCUGCUGUACUUUAGCUGCUCGUGUUGCGUCCUGAAACGCAUCGUCUCAGAUUCGUCUAUUCUACCUGUUCAAAUUCUACAUCCACAACAAUCCCCCCCCCCCCCCUGAAGAUAAACCAAAGGAUGUCACACAUGCCAGAGUCCCCGUCUCCUCCCUCGCACUCCUCCUCCUCAGCACUUCUGCCCUUGUUCCCUUUAUUAUAUUGCACUAAUCCAUUCCUUAAUUACAACAAACGCAUUCAAUUUCUUUUUUGUCCAGCUACUAAUAUCUUACCGGGGAGGGGGGGGGGGGGACUUACUGUGUAUCAUUUAUGUGUGUGUGUGUGUGUGUUUUAUAGAGAAGGAAACUAAGGAUGUUAUGGCUGCUUUUUGUCAGUGCAAACUGUAUAUUUCUAUUCUUCCACCGGUAGAGGAGUCGGCCAGCGUGUUCGCCAUGUUGCCCGAUUCACAACCUGUUGAAUCCCAUGGAAGAU